UACAGGAGAUGACCAGAGACUGCGGACAUAGUACAGGAGAUGACCAGAGACUGCGGACACAGUACAGGGGAUGGCCAGAGACUGCGGACACAGUACAGGGGAUGACCAGAGACUGCGGACACAGUACAGGAGAUGACCAGAGACUGCGGACACAGUACAGGAGAUGACCAGAGACUGCGGACAUAGUACAGGAGAUGGCCAGAGGCUGCGGACACAGUACAGGAGAGGACCAGAGACUGAGGACACACAGAGAUGACCAGAGACUGCGGACACAGUACAGGAGAUGACCAGAGACUGCUGACACAGUACAGAUGACCAGAGACUGCGAUGACCAUUCA